CCGGGCGACGGCGCAGCGGCCGACCAUGGAGCCGCUGCCGGGCUAGGCGGGCGUGGCGAUGUCGGGCUACGCGCGCCGCCCGGGCGCGCCCCCGCUGUCCCGGGCCCGGAGCCUCGUCGUUCCCGACGCUCCUGCGUUCUAUGAGCGCCGGUCUUGUCUCCCCCAGCUAGACUGUGAGCGCCCCCAUGGCGGGGACCUGCACCCCCACUUCUUCGGCAUUCGGCCGACGUUUAUGUGCUAUGUGCCCAGCCCGGUGCUGGCUUCCGUGGGAGACACAGAUUUUGGCUAUGGAAAGGGGAAAUGUACUAAGCAAGGUCCAGCAGGAGCCCAUGAGACACGUUUUGGAGAUGACAAACUUGAAGACCUUGAAGAGGCGAACCCAUUUUCAUUUAAGGAGUUUCUGAAAACCAAGAACCUUGGCUUAUCCAAAGAGGACACAGCCGGCAGUAGAAGUUACCCAAAGGAGACCUCGAGGCAUACGCUGGGUCUGGACCACAGCUCCUCCAACCCCCAGACCAUGGGGUAUGGCUUGGAAUAUCAACAGCCAUUUUUCGAAGACCCAACAGGGGCUGGGGACCUCCUGGAUGAAGAGGACGACGAGGACGAUGGGUGGAACGGGGCCUAUAUGCCAUCUGCUGUGGAGCAGACCCACCCGCCCAGGGCCAGCACCAGCACAUCACCCUGCGCCACCUACCUGUCAUUUUUCUCCACCCCGUCGGAAUUGGUUGGGACCGAGUCUCUGCCCCCGUGGACUCUGAGUGACACAGACUCACGUGUCUCUCCAGCAUCUCCAGCAGGGAGUCCUAGCACAGACUUUGCGGCCCAUGGAGAGUCCCUAGGAGACAGACACCUGCGGACACUGCAGAUAAGUUAUGAAGCAUUGAAGGAUGAAAAUUCUAAGCUAAGAAGAAAGCUGAAUGAGGUUCAGAGCUUCUCUGAAAGCCAAACAGAAAUGGUGAGGACGCUUGAGCGGAAGUUGGAGGCAAAGAUGAUCAAGGAGGAGAGUGACUUCCAUGACCUGGAGUCAGUGGUCCAGCAAGUAGAGCAGAACCUUGAGCUGAUGACGAAACGAGCUGUAAAGGCAGAAAAUCAUGUCAUGAAGCUAAAGCAAGAAAUAAGCUUGCUCCAGGCACAGAUCUCCAACUUCAAGCGGGAGAAUGAAGCCCUGCGGUCAGGGCAAGGCGCCAGCCUGACAGUGGUGAAGCAGAACACCGACGUAGCCCUGCAGAACCUCCGUGUGGUCAUGAACAGCGCACACGCAUCCAUAAAGCAGCUGGUUUCUGGGGCAGAAACACUGAAUCUUGUUGCUGAAAUCCUUAAAUCUAUAGACAGAAUUUCUGAAAUUAAAGAUGGGGAGGAGAACUCUUGAGAACCACUAGCUGCUUCCAGCCCCCAGGUGUGUGUGCUGAGAUCAACACUGCACCCCUAACUGAAUGUGCACCCCUUAACUAUGCAGUCUUCACCCAAAGUGUUUAUCAUGAGAUGCUGAUUUCAUGACCUAAAAGAGUAUUUAUUAUUGGUCACCUGCAACUGGAGCGGCUCCUGUCAGUUUAUGUGCAGUGCUUCUUGGUGAUGUUCACACUGUUUUCCAGAUGCAGUAACCUAUUGAAAAGUUUUACAAAAUCCAGUCAUCUUUUAAUUUUAAAUAUGAAAGUACCACUGAGCUAAUAACUUUGUUAUCAUCUCAGAACAUGAACUGUAUGAGAAGCUCACUACUCAGCCUUGAUUUUAUAAGCUAUUGCAGAGGUGAGCAGCCUGGAUAGGGACUUGGACUUGGUGUCUUUAUGAUCACUCGGUGCCCCACUGAGUGCGAGCCCCCGGUAGUUUCUACAGGGCAGCUCCUGUGAUCCGUGGCCCCAGCACAGAGGUUCCACUGAGUAGAUGACUGCGGGGACUGAGGUCAUGACAUCCCACAUUGUGAAGCUGUCUGACCACUGAGCUUUCAGGGAUGAAAUAGAUACUUUAAUUCGGGAAAGCUGGUUUUGGCUAGAGGUUCUGCUAUGGGCCAUUUUGUAUGAGAAUUCAGGAAGUUAGAACAAAUGCAGGCCUCCCAGGGGGUGCCGGGUUUCCAGUGGGGAAGAUACAACAGCCAUCCGUGCCUUUUGGCUAUUUCCUUAUCAAUGUUACAUUUUUAAAAGUUCCUUUCCCUUCCUGUUCAGAUUGACAGCUUUCUGUUUAAAUAAAUGCUGAAGUUAAC